CAAUUCAGUUUCAGAUUUGGUUGGAGACAAAGAAAGGCUUCCCUAUUUUCUAGCAUUUGCUUCAAUACUAGCUCCUUGAUUGUUAAUCCCGUGCUGCAAUAGCUAGCUCAUAUUCCUCAUCAAUGGCUAAAUCCUGUUUGAUAUUUGUGACUGCAUUAUGUGCUCUGACUGCUGUCUCUUGCAGUAAAAACAAAAGACAGGGGUAUCAGUUGGUAAUUCCUGAUGGUGAAGUCACCUCCUCACCUUCAGACAGUUCUGUUAAAAUAGGAGACAAGCUGACUAUAUUUUGUGCCUAUCCUUCUUACAUGCUACCAUACAUUCAAAAGCCUCGCAUCUGUCAUGAUGACAUUAAGAAUGGUAAAAAGUUUGGAACCGUCUGCCUUGGGCUUAAGAGCACAACAAAUUCCGGUGAACUAGUCAACUUUCUUUACCAGUACACUCCAUCCCAUCGUGGUGAACAUGGCCUCAGAUUCACUUGCUCCAAUCUUGCUGGAUCUGUGGAACUCAAUCUACUAUAUGGACCGAUUAUCAGUGACAUUAGAAAUAACACCUCUAAAACUUUGCGCCUUGCUGAUAGUGAUAAUAUCCAACUAUUUGCUGAUGAAGGAGACUCUCUUUGGCUAUCAUUCAAUGUAGAAGCUAAUCCUCCCAUGACAUCCAAUGAUGUGCAUAUUAUCAGUAGUGCUGCACCAUAUCCUAAUGUCAAUGUCACCGGUAGCAAUGUUAAGCUAAACUUCUCUAAUGUAAGGCGGACCAAUGCUGGUAUGUAUGAGAUUAUAAUGAAGAAUACUGUUGGGAAUAGCACCUUAACAUUUCAACUUGUUGCAUACUUUGGGCCAAGAUUUCGCUAUACUAAUGGAACUUACUCACAGUUGGUCAAUCAGAAUAUCACCCUGAGCUGUGCCUUGCAGGAGAAGACAAACCCUCCAUCUACGAUAACGUUUAGUACUACAGCUAAUUACACCUCUAACGUUCACUGGCUCCCUACUCAAAAUCUUAUCAAGUUUCAUACUUUGGUUAUCCCCAACAGUGGGUACUACAACUGUACUGCUAGAAAUGCUUAUGGGAGUGUUACACAGUGGUACAUACUGGAUAUUGGCUAUCCUGUAAAUGAAACAGUAAUAGGAAACCUGAGCUACAGUACAGGAAUAUUUACAGUUAACUACACUUAUCUCACUCCUCAUGACGAAAGUAUAUAUCGCUACAUGGUUAUACUACUAAAAGCUCACUUCGGAAUUAACGUUUUUCAAUCAUUUGUUGCAGUGAGAGCACAUUAUAACACAGCAUUACCUUCAUUUGAUAGCUUUAAUGUGACACUAACGACUACAAUGAAAUAUUACUUCAUGGUAGCAGCCAUCAACAAGUACAUGAAAUAUGAAAUCAACGUCAUUCUAUUCUGUUUCUCUAUUAAUGAGGAAAAUGAGAUAUUAUACAGGCAUGGAUUAGCUAAUGAAGAUUCUUGUAAAGGAAGAGAUUGACUCAACUACUGACUAACAAAUUAAUAGCUCUAGUUCCUAAUACAUCGUUAGGAUUUUUUUGGAAAUAGAUCUAAUAUUUAAAAUUGUAAUAAAAAUUAAUAAUUCUCAUGAAGGCAAAAGCACUAAUAUCUUA